GGAAAUUCCAGGUUGGUGUGUUGCAGGAAGUGGUCACUGUAUAGGUGGGCGCUAUUGUAGCUUUUCAUGGCAGUAGGAACUUGCUGAGCUCCCAGGCAGAGGUAGAGAUGUAAUAUUACCAUUGGUUGGAUGUGUAGCUGAUUAAUGGAAGGCAGAAGUCCCUACAGAAUAUAUGAUCCAGGUGGUAGUGCUCCCAAAUUCACUGAUGAGCAGCCGGAACGCAUGGCAGGGAUCCCAAGUCUUGGUGAACUGCUGGAAGAAUCACAGAACGUGGCCCACAAUCUCCGCCAGAAAGCAGAAGCCCUUAUAAAAGACACCAGAGAUCUCCAGUCGUCGUCUUCGGCAAACCCCCAUGCUUCAUUCACUGGAAAGAUGAACACAGAGCAGGAAAAGGCAGAAGAUUUUUUGCAUGUUGAGCUAUCCGAUGUGAAUGACAAGGAAUCUGAUGUUCGCUCCACGGUUGUUCCCAAAAUCCCAGCAAGUGGGUCCUCAUCUGAGUUCGACAUCUUGGACCCCAGCGAGAAAAGAAAAUCUCCUGAGUCCAGGUAUUCGAAUCCUGGAUUCUGUGAACAGAAUGAGGAUGACAAUCUUCGUCAUCACCUACAACGAAUGGGGAAUUCGUUAAGUAUGUUUGCCGAGGAAUCUGACCGAAACAGGCUUCUUAAUCACAUGAGCCGCCUGGUCCUGGAGUUUAACCGCCUGGCAGAUAAAGUCCAGAAAAACGAGCAGCGGACAUCGGUGUUACAGACUUUAUGCGAGCAGCUGAGGAAGGAGAAUGAGGAUCUUCGGUCUAAACUGGAGGUUGAAUGGAAUCGGAGAACCCGGGCUGAGCAAGACAUGAGGUAUGAAAAUCUUGAGUUGAAAAAGUUGCUGUUGGAUAGAGGGAAAGUGUCAGCAGCCACAAAUGGCAGUACUCCAGGGGAGGGGGAGACCGUAGCCAAUGUCGAAAAUGCGACACAUCAGCAGACCGCCAAACUGCUGGAAAAACCUUCCAAUAAAGACCAAGUUGGGUCCUUGUUGAAGAAAGUGAAAAUUCUAGAACAUCAGAGGACAGAGCUCCUAGAUGUGAAUAAGCAGUGGGAUCAGCAGUUCCGCUCUAUGAAACAUCAGUAUGAAGAGAAGAUCACGUCUCUACGCCAGAAACUUUCACAAGCUGCCAAAUCUGAAAGUGAGCAAGAGGCUGAAAGGGAUCGGAAGCAGAGAGACUUUGACCGCAAACUUCUUCUGGCUAGAGACAAAAUAGAGGAAAAGGAGUCGCAAAUUCAGAAGCUGGAGUCUGAGAUAAGGGAUUUGAAGCAGAAGAACAAGUUCCUUCAUGACCAGUUGAGCUCCACCAGCAGACAGCGGGAAUACCAGGAGCGAGAGAUCAGCCGGCUGAAUAAAGCACUCGAAGAAGCUUUAAAGCUGCAGGGAUCAGCUCCACGUUCUCCAUCUUUCAUUUCCUCCACAGAGGAGACAGGGCUCCUUCAGCGCCAAGAACUUAUUACUCAGAUUGAUCUGCUCAAACAACAGGUAGCCAUCUUUGAAGAAGACUUUAAGAGGGAACGCAGUGAUAGAGAACGUAUGAAUGAGGAGAAGGAGGACCUGAAACGAGAGAUGGAACAGCUUCAAACACAGCUGGCCCAGGCCAACACAAAGCUGCAGUCUUGUCAGGAGGAAUUACGAAGAGAGAGAGAAAAUGCAUGUGAACUUUCAAGACCACAGGCUACAGGAGAGAGAUACAUUAUAAACCAUCACAUCGGACCUACCUGUCCUCCAUACCAGUAUCCUUAUAGCCCACCUGCCAGGAUGUUCAAAGGAUAUGAGGACUGGCCAAUCUGUUAUCCACCGCCAGUUGUUGGUCCGGAGCACAGUCAAGUUCAGGAUCUCUCAAAUGCUCCUCCACCGGCAUAUCAGUGGAGAGUCGCUAACAAUCCUCCCAGAACAGAACUCCCUAAAUCUAGAAAGGAGGAGACUGAUGGCCCAAAGAAAGGAGCACAGAAUUCCCAGCGGCAAACCUGAGUAUCUACAGUAAAGACGCAGAUAUGUACUGAUGAUGACAGCCUUAGACUCCUAAGCCAUAUGAAUGCGCAGGAAUUGGUUGAGCGCGACCAGAUGAGGAGAGUGCACUUGGAUGGCUUAGAUCUGUGUAUUACCUGGAUAUAUGGAGUAUACAUAUAUACCACUAGCCUAUCCUUACAUGCACUGUAGUAGGAUAGGAGCACACACUUGUUCAUAUGUUAAAUUAUAUAAAAAUAUUAUAUUCUGUGUAGCUAUUAGUAUAUUUACCUCAAUGCAAGAGAUUUUGUCAGUGUAAUCCAUAUACUAAAAUCCUUCCUUCUCCCCUUUCCCCCUCAGUACUUCUUCCCCAUCUCUAUCUCCUUUCCUCCUCAAUCACCUUUCAAUCUUCCCCUUUCUUUCUCCCUUUCUAUUUCGAUUUAAUCUUUCAUUCCUCUUUCCUCCCUCCUUUCUGUCUCCUUUCAUUCCUCUCUUUUUGUCUCUCUUCCAUAAUUUUUCUAUCUCCAAUUAUUCCCUCUGGCAUACAUCAGUAAGACUGGGCUAGUACUUUGGCAAGAGAAAAUAUUUUAGGAGAGGGGAAAAGUAUAUUUUGACAGCUGCUAGAGUAGUGGUAAUUUACACUCCUUGACAUAAAAAAAUAUUUAACCAGCAGGAGUUGUAGGAAUCGAAUGAACCUUUAUGUAUGUGAAGAGAAUGAUGAUAUGUAAGUGAUUACAAUAUUAGAAUGAAGAAUAAGUUUAUUGGGGGAAAACUGUAUGAUUGAACGGAAGCGCUAGUACCCUCUUGGGCUGCCUCCAGCUUGGAUACAAGAUGAGAUAUGGUUGGGCAUAGAUGUUCUGUAUGGUAUCCUGCAGCACAUUUGCCCACAGAUGUUGUAGCUUGGCCUGUAAAUCCUGUACACUCGUAGGUUGCUGAAGCUGGCGUCUCAGCUGGUCCCAUAAAUGCUCAAUUGGCGAUCUGCUGACCAGGUAGGCAAAGAAGUCUUGCAGUCUGGCGACAUUACUGGGAAAUCCUUGCUGUAUGUGGGCGAGCUUUAUACAGCUGAAAAAUGCCGGUUGGAAGCCCUGCCAUGAGAGGCAACACAUGUGGCUGCAGGAUGUCCUUCACAUAUGGUUGAGCUGUCAGUAUCCCUCGUAUCACCACUAGUGGUGACCAACUGUUCUAUGCAAUAGAUCCCCAGAUCAUCACAACAGCAGAGAUGGGAGUGUGUAAUGAAAGUGCCAGCCACCUGGAGCCUGGAUGGUGGACCACAAAACUAUGGGAGCUGCUGGCACUUGUU